UAUUCAGAUUAAUUCUAUAAUCCAGUAGUCCAUAUGAUGUUUAGGUUUAAUAAUAUAGUACACUAGUUAGUUGGUAUUCGUGUUAUAAUUGUAACAAUGGGUAUAAACCAGUCUUCAAUGCCUACGAGUUUAGACCUUAGACUCCAAGCUAGGGAAGCGCUGAAGCUCCAAUCACAAUGUGAGCGUGAAGAAGUGAAUGAAAAGGAAAAAGUAAAGCGUUCUCUAGAAAAGGGAAAUAUGGAAGCUGCACGUAUACAUGCAGGUAAUGCCAUUAGGAAGCAUAAUGAAGCAUUGCGCUACUUGCAGUACCAUAGCAAGCUAGAGAUAUUGCGCAGCCAGGUGGAAUCUGCUGAACGUACAAAUGCGCUUAAUGAACAGUUGAAAGAAGCGCUCCCUAGACUGAGCAAAAUGACGAAAUAUAAAUCUAACGGCAACACAAACCUAAUGCAAGAAUUGGAAAAGAUAUUUGAUGAUCUAGAUGUGUCGGAAGCAUAUGGAGAUAUGACAAUGAACUCAGUCAACGCUCAUUUGGCUCCACAGAAUGAAGUGGACAACUUAAUAAGCAAAGUAGCAGACGAGUACGCCCUAGACAUUGGAGAUAUGCUAAACGCUUCGAGGGUCAUUGGAAGCUCCCUCUCAAAUCGCAACAUAGGACGCCUAACUCAGUAAUAUGGCCAACCUUAAUUACACAUAUUUAUAACCUAUAUAAUAUAUUA